CGGGCCGAUGACGUCGCCAGCAACUUAUCCAGCAGGUGUAGUGAAAUUCAGCAAUUGCUUCAUACAGUGUAUUGAGGAUGACUGAAAACGACGUUGACAGCGAGCUUCUCGACUACGAGGAAGAUGAGGUGGAUGCGGGUGGUGUUGGUGACGCGGGGUUAGGACACAACGAGGGCAUCAUAUCCAUCAGGAAGGAGGGGGUCAAGGGGUCAUACGUGUCCAUCCACUCCUCGGGAUUUAGAGAUUUCCUCUUAAAACCAGAGCUCCUGAGAGCCAUAGUGGACUGUGGCUUUGAACAUCCAUCGGAGGUUCAGCACGAAUGCAUUCCACAGGCGAUAUUGGGAAUGGAUGUAUUAUGUCAGGCCAAGUCUGGAAUGGGUAAGACGGCUGUCUUUGUGUUGGCCACCCUUCAGCAGUUGGAGCCAGUGACUGGUCAGGUGUCGGUGUUGGUGAUGUGCCAUACCAGAGAGCUGGCCUUCCAGAUCAGCAAAGAGUAUGAGCGAUUCUCCAAAUACAUGCCUAAUGUCAAGGUGGCGGUGUUUUUUGGUGGUUUGUCCAUAAAGAAGGAUGAGGAGGUGUUGAAGAGAGAGAGCCCUCAUGUGGUGGUGGGCACCCCUGGUCGUAUUCUAGCUCUGUCCCGCAACAAGACCCUCAACAUGCGUCACAUCAAGCAUUUCAUACUGGACGAGUGUGACAAGAUGCUGGAGCAACUUGACAUGCGGCGCGACGUCCAGGAAAUCUUUCGCAUGACACCUCACGAGAAGCAGGUCAUGAUGUUCAGUGCGACUCUAAGCAAAGAGAUCCGCCCCGUCUGCAGAAAGUUCAUGCAAGAUCCGAUGGAAAUUUUUGUGGACGACGAGACCAAGCUGACGCUUCACGGCCUCCAGCAAUACUACGUCAAGCUGAAGGACAACGAGAAGAACAGGAAGCUCUUCGAUCUACUGGAUGUUUUGGAGUUCAACCAGGUGGUGAUCUUCGUGAAGUCCGUGCAGCGUUGCAUUGCUCUGGCUCAGUUGCUGGUGGAGCAGAAUUUCCCUGCCAUUGCUAUUCACAGAGCAAUGCCUCAAGACGAAAGACUAGCUCGAUAUCAGCAAUUUAAGGAUUUCCAAAGACGGAUCCUGGUCGCCACAAACCUGUUCGGCCGAGGUAUGGACAUCGAAAGAGUCAACAUUGCCUUUAACUACGACAUGCCUGAAGAUUCAGACACGUACCUACACAGGGUGGCGAGGGCUGGCAGGUUUGGAACGAAAGGCCUGGCCAUCACCUUUGUGUCAGAUGAGACCGACGCUCGGACUUUGAAUGACGUCCAGGACAGGUUUGAGGUGAACAUCAGUGAACUUCCAGAUGAGAUUGACAUCUCGUCAUAUAUUGAACAAACACGAUGAAAUGCCAAAGAACACAAAGACGGCAUCUUCCGGAAGGAACUGCAUGGCAUUGUAGCGUUUUAUAGCAAGUGAGAGUUUGUUUCAUGUAGACUGUUAAGAUGUUAGUGAAUACGUCAAAUAAUAAGCGACUUGUAAUGCAGUGUUAUACUAUAUAGUGAUGGGUUUCCUAAUGCCUCCACAUUAGUUUUGUUUUUGCACUUGUAAAAUAAUUAUUAUUUUGAAUGUUUUUAUAUUUUCCUUCAAAUAUUCACCUUGUUUUUGCAAUUUAAAUAUUUUUGUAAAUAAAGAGGCAUAUUUUCCGUUCGGUGUUGUGAGGGGAGGAGUUUGUGGAUUGUAGUGAAACAUACAUUUGACUGCAUUCAUGUAAAGCUGUUUGAACGUUAACGAAUUAAGUAGCUGUAUAUGACGAAUGUUUGUUACCAGUGAAGUAGGUAUCAACACGAAAUGUAUUCAGUGUUUGUUCAGUUGCCAGAACCGUGGCCACUUUGUUUAAACUACUCAACGCUUGUUAAACCAAAUAAAGUAUGUUUGUUUAA